UUGUAAUCAUUCAUGCAUAAAUCGCUAGUGAGGUAGGUCAGGUUAGAUGUAUCUGAACUAUUCAGUUUUGUAUUAUAUUUACUCAAGAGUAGCUGUGUGGUAGUACGAUGGCCUCUCUACUAAAACUAAGUUUCUUUCCUAUAAGAAAACAACUGUUGAUUCCUAAACAACAUAGAAUUAUUACCUCUUUAAAUUACACAAGAAACCUACCCCAUAAACCUUUCAACAGCACCAGUCCCUUGCAGGAAUUCAUUGACCAUCCAACUAUUAGAAAUCAUGACGAUUUAUACAAGUUUAGCAUUGAAAAUCCCAACUUGUUCUGGUCAAAGUUGGCUAUAAGCCGUCUGUUGUGGGAUAAAGAAUUUGAUAGAGUUCAAAAAUGUGAUUUUAAGACAGGAGAAAUUAACUGGUUUAUUGGUGGUAAACUUAAUGUCUCUGUAAACUGUGUGGACCGACAUGCUAAAUCAAAUCCAAAAAAGAUUGCUCUUAUUUGGGAAAAAGACGAACCAGGCCAACAAGAACAGAUUACCUAUCAAGAGCUGUACCAUAUGGUUAACCAGAUGGGUAACAUGCUUCUUCAACACAAUGUUACUAAAGGAGAUCGAGUUGCUAUCUAUAUGCCUCAGUGUCCAGUAGCUGUGGCAGCCAUGUUGGCUUGUGCACGAAUUGGUGCUGUCCACUGUGUGGUCUUUGCAGGAUUCAGUGAUAAAGCAUUAGCAGGGAGGAUUCAAGAUGCUCAAGUGAAUACAGUGAUAACUGCUGAUCAAGGAGUUAGAGGUGGGAAAAUCCUAGAGUUAAAGAAAAUAGUUGAUGCAGCUGUAUCGAAAUGUCCAAGUGUAAAGCAGGUCUUUGUGUACAGACGUACUGGAGGAGAUGUCCCAAUGGGUAAAAUUGAUAUCCCACUUGAAAAGGCUCUAAGUGAAGUCUCCAAGCCAUAUUGUAAACCUCAAGAGAUGGAUAGUGAAGAUCCCUUAUUUAUGUUAUACACAUCUGGUAGUACUGGGAGUCCAAAGGGACUUGUGCAUACUCAAGCUGGUUAUUUGCUGUAUACAACUGUUACACACAAACAUGUAUUUGAUUACCAAAUGGAUGAUAUCUUUGGAUGUGUUGCUGACAUUGGUUGGAUAACUGGACAUAGCUAUGUUGUGUAUGGACCACUAAGUAAUGGAGGCACAACACUUCUGUUUGAGAGUACACCAACCUAUCCAAACCCAGGUCGCUAUUGGGAAGUCGUGGAGAGAUUUAAGUUGACUCACAUAUACUUGGCACCCACAGCUCUUCGUUUGUUGAUUAAAAUGGGAGAUUCAUGGGUACAUAAUUAUGACAAAUCCUCUCUGCGCAUUCUGGGAAGUGUUGGAGAACCUCUUAAUCAUGAAGCCUGGGAAUGGUAUUACAAAAACGUUGGAGAGAAACGGUGUGACAUUGUCGAUACUUGGUGGCAAACAGAAACAGGUGGUAUUCUCAUUUCCCCAAGACCAUCCAAUUCCAAAGCUGAAAUAUUUCCAGCUAUGCCAAUGAGACCAUUCUAUGGUGUUGAACCAUGUUUGAUAGAUAAAGAGAAUAAUGAAAUAAAAGGGGACAAUAAAGAAGGGCUGCUGUGUAUUAAACAACCAUGGCCAGGCAUGUGCAGAACAAUAUAUGGAGGGAAAACUCAUUUCAUAGAUACAUAUUUUAAGUCUGACUUAGGUUUAUAUUUCUCUGGAGACAAUGCUAUACGAUAUGAACACGGCUUUUAUCGUAUUACCGGGAGAGUCGAUGAUGUCAUCAAUGUCAGUGGCCACCGGCUUGGUACAGCUGAGAUCGAGGAUGCCAUAGCCAACCACUGUGCUGUAGCAGAAUCUGCAGUGGUUAGUUUCCCACAUGAUAUCAAGGGAGAAGGCAUCCAUGCAUUUGUAGUUCUCAAAGAUGACAUAACUGAAAAUGCUGAAGAAAUUCAAGAUGAACUAAAGCUAAUAGUAAAAAAACAAAUAACAAGUUUUGCCCAACCAGAUAUUAUUCAGCUCGUGCCUGGUUUACCUCGAACUAGAUCUGGUAAAAUCAUGAGAAGAAUCCUGCGAAAAAUCGCUCACAAAGAGCAAGAUUUUGGUGACACAUCAACUCUGAUAGAUCCAGACAUCGUUGAAACAAUCAUUAAAAGACAACAGAUGAAUUAAAUAUCAACUGCUGAAAUCUCUUUUGAUUCUCCACUAAACUUACGCUUCUAUUUUUUGAAGUAUUUUACAAAAUAUUGGAUAUAUAUUUUUAAACAACAAUGAAAGAAAGAUAUUAAGCUAGUUUUUUUAACUAGAGUAUGUAAAACCAUGUUGUCUUUCAUUAAUUUCUUUCCAGUUAACUUUUCCUUGAAAAAAGACUUUAUCUGAAACGUAAAAUCUUCCUCUGCUCUCAGCAAGUUCACUGAACUCUUUGUUGAUUUUACUAAAUAAUGCAAGUAUUGCUAACACAGAUCAACACCAGCCUCUUUGGUGUUAGUUUGAUUCUAUUAAGUUUAGGAAAAAUUUGAGCUACUGUAUUAAGCGCUCAUCAGUUGUCAAGUGCUCACCAGCAUCAGUUGUCAAGUGAUGGAAGGGUGACAAACACACAGACAUAUACAUACAUACAAAUAUAUAUAUAUAUAUAUAUAUGACGAUAUAUAUAUAUAUAUCACAACGUUUUGGUCAGCCUCAGGCUAUAGUGGAAGACACUUGCCCAAGGUGCCACGCAAUGGGACUGAACCCAGAACCAUGAACCGGUAUUGAGGAAGGAUAGAAAAAUAAUAGAUUUAUAAGCCCUAAAAUUCACUCCAUAAUUGCCCACGGGCAUAUGGCGUAGUGGUUAAGAGCGCGGGCUACUAACACCAAGAUUCCGAGUUCGAUUCACGGCAGCGACCUGAUUAAUAAUAAUAAUAAUAAUAAUAAUAUAAUAGUAACAUCGUUAGGAAUGAGAACCCAGGUUCAAAAUUUCCCAGAGACACCUGACGAAGGCUGGAGGGUAUAUCAGCCGAAACGUUGUGUUAACAACAAACAAGAUGAGGACAAAUAUCCGUCAAAUGUAAAUAAUGUAAAUAAUUCCUCAUCUCUUAAAUAUAGAACUGAAUGAAUAUAUUAGAUACUAAAUCGCUUACCUGUGCUGAAUCCGGCGCCCCCGUCGAGCAGAACUUCAGAUAAUCGAUAUAUUAGCUACUAAAUCGGUUACCUGUGCUGAAUCCGGCGCCCCCAUCGAGCAGAAUUUCAGAUAAUCGAUAUAUUAGCUACUAAAUCGGUUAC